ACACACACACACACACACACACAGCCGGUCUUCUUGUAAUCUUUGCAGACGUCUGGUUUGAAGUCCAUGACCGUGAUGGUACGGACGUUUGAUGAGGCCUUGACGGGACCCUUCGCUCUGUUGGGCGCAUCGGGGUUCUUUUGGAUGAAAGUAGUCUGAUUUGCGAGACAGAUUGGAAAUCAAACUUUCUAGACUCUAACGUGCCUUACCUUGGGAUGGAGGGAUCUAGAAAUGAUCAUGUGACUUCGCGUGGCGUUGUGCCAGAGUCGGGAGCCACUCAAACUUGAGUAACGACAUUUGACAAUUGUCAAGUAUUUCUUCUUGAAUCCGAUAUGAUGGCUGCAUCAGAUCUCGAUUACCUCAUUUUCUUUCAAUCUCGUUUUUGGUGGGCGAGGAAUCCAUCUGCACUAAGACUAAAAUCCACCUUUGGCCCGGCUUCAGUAUCACGAGAAAAGGUAUAAUCUAUCAAUCCGUAGUGGUGCCUCAAAUUGGCGCGCUUCUUUUAUAAAUUUCUCUUAUUGACUACCCUUGGACAUUUACAGGUCACUAUAUCUUCGGGAACGUCUCCCAUGAUAUCACAAACGCUAUGUAUAUCACCUCUGGGCAUCAUCCAGGAUGGCCAUCUCGCCAUGAUCCGAUGAAUAAAUGCUCAACAAGGAUAAUCGGAUCUCCUUUAUCAUGGGUAUGCUCUUGGGGCAACCAUCCGAAGCUAUCCUUUGGCAGGACAAGCACAUCACCAAUCAAUCGAGGUUCUUCAAGUCUAUCUAGCUCGUUCCCAGUAUGUUCCACGCCUGUGGACUCCUGGAAAUAGUCCAUGAGAACUUUUGUGAAAGCAAAAGGUCCAGUAGUGGACAUGACAUCUUCGAAAGAAACUGUCUCCCCGGGCUGUUUGGUCCCAAAAAGUUUCUUGAGAUCCUCUGCCACUUGGUUCACAAGUGUUUUGAUGGCAGGAUGGCUUGGCUUGGCCAACACCGAAUAUUGGCAUAAUUGCACAGAGUAUGGGGAGCCAGGCCAGAUGGGCUGUUUGUGAUGGUCAUUUUCUAUCCCAACGACCAGAUUUACUGAGCCUUGAAACUGUUUGGGGAUCCAUUUCGAUACUGGCUGAUGGGGGUAUACGUCGAUAUCAGCCCAUACACCACCCUCGCGCAACAGUAUGAGGUACCUCAAGAAAUCUGCUUUCAGAAUUGGGUCCUGCAGACUUGUGAAGACGUCUGAGAUAUUGGCAUCAAAUCGAUCGCGAACAUAAGCGUCAUUGUUGGCAUCAGUAAUGCGCUCAUACCGCCAACCAGGGUUGACUACACGCCAUUGAUGUGGAAAACCAACAGUUCUCUCGGUCGGGUUUUCUGAAUCAUCUUUCCAGCUUUGCCAUAUCUUAUGUGGAAAAGGUUCCUGUUGCAGAGUGACAGGAGCCGUAGGCAAUGGUGCCUCUUCAGAUAAGCUACUUGCUAUCGUGUGUAUUAGCAAGCAAUCCAAGCUGAGGGUUUGCGAACAACUAACGUCUUAUCCUACCACUAUAUGCGUAGUUGACAGUCAGAAAGAUGACGAUCACGACGGCUAUUGAGGCAGUGUAGACAUAUUUUCGGUGCGCAAAAGCCGGUGACAACAUCGUGGCCAGACCGACUACAAUGAGUUGAGGGGAAUUGAAGCGACUCGACAGGAUGCGAUCAGCUUCAGGCAGAACUACAAUCAGACAAUCUCAGCCCUGUCGCCAUUGACCGCGGCGACUGAUGGACCCCUAAAUCGGUGUGGGGCCGAGUCUCCGGCCGUGUCGGGAUACAGCUUCUUGCAGCCAAUUAUCGAUCCUCUGUUACCGCCCGGUAUAGGAAACCAUUUAACCAUAACUGUCUUCAACCAACACGCCAGUAAGAGUUCACGAUAUGGUCUCAUGUGGAAUCUACAACCAACACAACUUCAGCUCUCGUUAGAGAUGUCCCCAAAAUCAAGCGAUGGCCAGGACAAUUUCUUGGGACGAUACUUUGUAACUGCUGGCUAAGCCCGCGAGCGUCUAUUUCUGUAUAGCACAUGGUGCUUAGACCAACGGCUUCGUGCAGCUUCUCAUACACUCCCUGGAACUGCCAAGGUUGGUGCAACCAACAGUUCUAAAGACGAAUUGCUGCAUGGGUCUAAUCUCUAAUCUGUUGGGUCGCUCUUCAGCUUCCUCCCCGUCCUUUCUACCCAGCUCUCCCUCAAAACUCUGUGCUUCUUUUCCCUUCAUGGUACACACAUUUCUCUGUGCUGUUGUGCAGAUCAACUAUCAAGAUGAAAAGGUUCAUCCUUUGUCUCCUAUUUCUUUCCUUCUCACAAUUAUGUUUUGCCGCUCACAAGUGUUACUAUCCCAACGGUCUGGAAGCCGAAGACCAUCCUUGCGAUCCCGAUGCUAAGCAGAGCGUCUGUUGUUCUGGAGGCCUAGGAACAGUAUGCCUAUCGAACAAAUUAUGCAUAGGGGGAAAUGGAAAUUCCGUACGAGGUUCAUGUACGGAUAAGAAUUGGAAUUCGCCAGAGUGUGCAAUGUUCUGCCUGGGCGCUGACACGGGAGGGACUGAUCUGAUCUCAUGCUCCAACGUUACAAACAGUGACACAUCUUAUUGCUGUGACCACAACACCAACUGUUGUAACAGUGGCGUCGGCAGAUUCAAUGUACUCCCAUCUGACCCCGAAGUUUGGGCGACAUGGAACCGAAAGGCGACUCGAUAUGACGUUGUUGGUACAAUGUUUAGUGACCAGUCCAUGACCGAAACCGCAUCGGCAACAACGGACGUCACGUCUUCUACGGCAUCUACUUCUUCUUCCACUACGACAAGCAACGCAUCCAUACCGUCCAAUUCUGUGCCGGAUACACCAGAACCAUCCGAAGCAUUUACAGGGCUUUCCACCGGUGCAAAGGCAGGAAUUGGGGCUGGUGUUGUUGUCGGAGCUAUCAUGGCUGUCGCUGUUGUAUAUCUCUUUUGGAAGAUGCGCAGGAACGAAAAGGCUGCUAAGCAGGGCGAGCAGCAACAACCUUCGAAUAACAACCCGAUGACGAAUGUUUGGCAACAAUCUCAGUGCGUGUAUACUUCGAAAGGCUAUCAGUAUCAACCUCCACAUCCGCAAGAGCUAUCUGGGACUCCGUUGCAGGGCUUUAAUGGGCCGGCUGAGUUGCCAGCACAUAACUGAUGGCCAUGUAUUUUUCUUGUCUCAUGUCCAGGAGGGUGGGAGUUCCGGCUUGGGCCAUGUAUAUAGUAUUAGAUUACGAUUGAAGCAUUAAAUAUGUAGCACAAUAUCAUUAGAGUUGACAUUGACGAUAUUCCUGGC